GUUUUAAUGCCUGUCAGUUCUUGCAUUAAAAUGUGAGAUAUUUUGGCCUUGUUCAAUUUGAUAGUUUUAUCCCUGAUUUUCCAGGGGCCCCUGCAAACUUUGAGACCCCCAAGGCCCCCCAGGUUGACGGAAUGUCAAUCAAACUUCGAAAUUCAAAGUAUAGUGUUGAAAAUACCGGGGAAAUAUCACGUGCUGUUUCACAUGAUUAGUGUGUCCCUACUGGAUUAUGUGCAUUAUUAUGCGCUGUUUCACCUGUCGCCAGGGAAACUUUCAUCUUGUUACAAGCUGCGGGGAACAGGCCAUUUUCUAUUGGCUUAUUUGUAUGUCACUUAUACACUGGAUACAGCAAGUCAACCAUUCAAAUUUAGAAAGAGGAGGGUUUAUUCAGUUAGCCUACUACCGGUAACUUGAAGCGCCUACUGUAGCAUGCAAGGAACUAAACUUAAAGUUCAUAAGUAUCUUGUAUGUUAAAUGUCACAACGCUCGAGUUGAGAAAUCGGUCCCACCGUUUGAGAAAACAACUUUUGUUGAAUUCAGUGCGUUUUUGGAGUACGAGCAAUGGAAGAGUUGAGCGAGUCUUCACCCGCUUUGGCGUUCGAGAAGGAAGCAUUUGAGCUGACGGUGGAAGAUGUUUAUGACAUUUCAUACGUGAUUGGCAGAGAUUUGCUGAAAAUAAGUACUACAGGUGAGGAAGUCUCCGAUUUGCAAUUCAAAAUUGUCCGGGUUUUGGAGAUGUUUGAAACGUUAGUGAAUAAGUAUAACCUGUCAUUGGAGGAGCUGAAAAUGGAACGAGACAACUUGAAGAGUGAACUGGAUAGAAUCGUGAGAGAAAGUUCUGCCGGGCAGGAAGCGCAAACACUAGGACCAAACAAACUGGUGGUGGACCUGAAAGAUCCCAAUAGACCACGCUUCACAAUGCAGGAGCUGAAGGAGGUGCUUCAGGAGAGGAACCAGCUCAAGGCCCAGCUACUGGUGGCGCAAGAAGAGUUGCAACUCUACAAGAGUGGGAUGCUGCCACAGGGUGAACAAGCCAUGGUAGAGGUUGACUUAGUAUCUCCAUCCCCUUUGAAACCUGUCCCUGACACAACAGAUGAGACUAAAGAAGAGGUACCUAACGAAGGAAUGACCACCAUCAGAAAGCUGUUUUCAUUCAGACGGAAAUAAGGACAACCUAUGAGAACAAGGACCUAAGGCAUUACUAACGAUAAACCAAACAUUUUUAUGCACAUGCUUUCUAUCAAUGCUUUGUAUUAGAUCAGUUGUUUUCAGUAAUGAAUGAAAAUGUUUUUAACUGGAAUAAUUUUGGCUUUUGAAACAAUAACUCAGUGUUGUCUUUUUAUAGAUUUAACUGUUGUCAUUAAUACAGGUAUGGGAAAAUAACUUGAUGCUCAUUAAGGUCAAAUAACAUGGUACAGACCAAUGAUUUCUCCAGUGCAUUCAGAAAGUAUUUGGACCCCUUACAGCCUUAUUCUAAAAUUGAUUAAAUUGUCCCCCCCCAAUCUACACACAA